GUUUGGGCUCAUGAACAUUAUUCGAGGACGUGGAGCGUGCCCCAAAACAUGUGGGAGCAGCGUCUGCCUCACAACCAAUCCAAUCCAGGUUUAUUUAUAAAGCACAUUUAAAAACAACAAAACGCUGACCAAAGUGCUGUACAGUAAAACUAAAAACAAUAAAAAACAGACAAUUGACAUGAACAAUAAAACAAAGGCACAGGAACACAUAAAAAACAGGGGGACAUAGAUGGUUCAGUAAAAACAUGAUGAAAAGGCCAAGUUCUCAGGAGUUAAAAGCCAGGGAGUAAAAGUGCGUUUUCAAAUUUGAUUUAAAAACAGACAGUGAGGGGGACAGUCGGACAUGAAGAGGAAGAGCAUUCAAGAGCUUUGGCGCAGCAAUGGAAAAAGCCUGGUCACCCCUGAACUUUAAUCUUGACCUAGGGACAGUCAGAAGGCGCUGUUCAGAGGAUCUGAGAGUCCGAGAUGAAAUAUAGUGUUUUAAAAUGUCAGAGAGAUAAGAAGGAGCAAGUCUGUUUAAAGAUUUUUAAGUUAAUAAAAUUUUAAAAUCAAUCCUAAAAUGCGCAGGAAGCCAGUGAAGAGAGGCUAAAAUUGGGGAAAUGUGGUCAUAUGUACAGCGACCAGAUAAAACACGAGCUGCAGCAUUUUGAACAAGUUGUAAACGAUUAUGAGAGGUUUGGCUGGCACCAAAAUAAAGUGCAUUGCAAUAAUCAAGACGAGUUGUGAUAAAAGCAUGCAUAACCUUCUCAAAAUCACUAAAAGAUAAAAAAGGCUUGACCUUGUUUAAAAGACGAAGAUGCUUUUACAACUGCAUUUAUCUGCAGAUCCAUUUUAAAAUCUCUGUCCAUUAUAACUCCCAGGUUUUUUAAAGUCUUUAAGGAAGGGCUCAAAGGCAGACAGAUCUGCUCUGGGGCAGUUGCCAUGUGGUCCAAAGACAACAAUUUCAGUCUUACUCUCAUUUAAUUUUACAAAAUUGAGAGCCAUCCAGGUUUUUAUGUCCCUAAGACAGUCCAAAAGUGGGCCCAAGGCAUUGGAAGCUCCUAAUUCCAGGGGUAAAUACAGCUGCAUAUCGUCAGCAUAGAAAGUAAAAGAAAUGUUAUAUUUUUUAAAUAUAGAUCCCAGGGGGAGCAUAUAUAAGGAGAAAAGGACUGGGCCAUGUAUAGAGCCUUGGGGCACUCCACAUGGAAGAAGAGCUGAGGAGGCGGUGGCAUCACCAAGGCUGACAGAGAGGCUCCUGUCAGCCAGGUAUGACCUAAACCACUCCAGGACAAUACCUUUAAUCCCCAUCCUAUGUUCAAGGCGAGAAAUUACAGUGUUGUGAUCCACAGUGUCAAAAGCUGCAGAAAGAUCUAAAAGCAUAAGAACAGCUGAAUCCCCAGAAUCAGUGAGCAAUAAAAUAUCAUUAAAAACCUUUAAAAGCGCUGUUUCAGUGCUGUGCUGUGCAGUUGACUAAAAACAACUUCCUCCAGGAUCCAGGAUCAAUCAGCACUAAGGAGCAGCGUCAGCCUCACAACCAAUCAGGUCGGCGAGGUGGAGAACGGCUUUGUUUACAGUCAGAAAGAGCGGGCCGCUCAAAAAAUUUAAAAUAUUGACAACAUAGACACAACAAAACACAGCAAUAUUGUGAUAUUCCCAAACGUCAUCAAUAACUAAUAGCUAUUGACUGAUAUUAAAAUCUUUUAUAGAAAAGAUUUCUGCCUACUCCACUGUUUACCCUGAAAUAUUUCAUGAUAAAGUUAUGCUGUUUUUAUUUAACAAACUCAUUAAAGAUACUCUUCAUAGGGAUGACAAUGCAAUGAACAGAAGAGCAAAAGCAAAAACAAGAAAAAAAAAAAAGGAGAAACACUGUUAUGCUAGUGUCGUCUGUACAGUUUGGGAGGUUUGUAGUUGGAUUGACAAUUUUAGGUCGUGUUCACACCUAAAGGUCCGUUUCCUGAUUCAAAUCCAAGGCAAGACGAUACAUUUGUUUUAAUUGUUUAACUGGUCCAGUUUGCGUUCUCAAAGGACAAACUCAAUCGCUCCAGAAAACGGACCCGGAAGUCACGUGACCGUGAAUAUCGUUCGGUUAUUGGUCAUUAGUUUAUGCAGGAAUACAAACCCCGCUCUGCUGUCUUCGCCUGUCAUGGAGCAUCGUAGGCUGAUUUUGCUUUUGCUACUCAUCUAGAGCACGUAUCAAAAGUUGCUAGUCGAUCGCGUGUAUGAACGGCUCAUUACCAGCUAGCGCGAACUGAGGCAUUAGUUAAUACAUUGCGGAGUAGAAGUGCUGCAAACAACAGUCGUAUAAAGACAUGAUGGUGUCAGGCAAUGACGUGUGUGGUGCGUUUCCUGUGAUUGGUGUGGACAACGUUCACACCAGAAAUGAAAUGCUCCAGAGUUUAACUUGAUAGCGGUCCGAGACCACCUCUUCAGGCGGACCAGAGUUCGUUUAUUUCGUCCGCACCAGAGUUCGAGGUCAGGGUUCACACCGACCCAAACGAACCGCACCAAGGGGGUAAACGCUCCAGGGUUCAGUUCAACCGGACUAAACGAGGGUGGUGUGAACGCGCCCUUAGUGGCCACUUCAAGAACUACACCUUUUUUUGUCACCUUUUCUUUGGCUUCUCUUUGCAACCCCAAGUUCAUCUCUUGGGUGUCACUUGCGGUUUAACUGGAGUGCUCUGUCAGUCUCCUCCUGUCUCUUUGUUUAAGGCCUGACACAGUGCUUUCUGAGGCGAACAGAGUUCAGGUUGUUUGGAGUUGGGGAUGGCAUCUCCAACACACCUGAUUCAAAUGAUCAGCUCGUUAUUAAGCCAUUACAGAGAUUGAUAACGAGCUGAUCAUUUGAAUCAGGUGUGUUGCAGCAGGGAACAUCCAAAACAUGCAGGACAGAGGGGGGCUCGAGGACUGGACUUGAGAGCCACUGGUCUAAUAUGAUGGACCUUUGUGAAAAAGUGGAAGAAGUUCAUGCAGCAGCUCCUGAGAAACAGCAGGAUCUGUCCAUGGUGCUGACAGUAGUCUCUGGCAUGCAGGAUUCAAUGGUCUUUUCUUUAAGCUCAUGAAGGACUGCAUGCUGACUCACUGACUGGAGGUUUGCCCCAAAUGAAAGAUUUACUGACUCGAAUAUAGUUUAAUUUGAGCUGUAAGGGAGUUGAAACGGUCUGAACAGAGCAAAGAGAGAAAGAGAGAGAGAGAGAGAGAGAGAGAGAGCGAGAGAGAGAGAGAGAGAGAGGAUGAUGUCAUUGGUUUUUAGUCGCUGCCAUGAAAGAAGCAGAUGGCUGCAGCCUUAACAUUCUUCCUCCGCUGCUGAAUUCAUCUCCUUUCUUGACAUCUGCCUCAGCAUCAGGACUGAUCCGGGGCGAAGAGUAGCAAACCGCGGAUGCAGAAUUGGUUCCGGUGGAUUUCCUGCGGGCAGCCUGUCAGCUGGAUGUGAACGGAUCAUCGAACGAAGGAGAAGACGUGAUAUGGACCGAAAUAGCAGAGCAUGCACGGGGCUACGUCCAGUCCUCCUUUUUGUCUUUAUUCUGUAUUAUGAGGAGGCGACUGAGUAGAGGAGCUAGUCCUGCCCAGAAGGGAGGAGGAGGAGUAGAAGAGACGCGUAGAAGGGUGUCGACUGAGAGAGGCAGGGGCAGAGGUAGAGGAGAAGAGGAGGGGGGGACGGAGCAAAUAUAAAAGAGUAAUAUUACAAGCUUCUUACAAUGGCUGCUAAAUCGGACGGGGUCCUGAAGAUAAAGAAGAGCGAUGUGGCCUUUACCCCGCUGCAGAACUCGGAGCACUCCGACUCGGUGCAGGGGCUCCACCCGGGCAGCCAGCCUGACUCUGCAGGCGCCGGAGACGGGGACUUCGUCAACGGGGAGUCGCGGUGCUGCGGCGGCGGAGGCUCCAACACGACGUGCCUUCAGCUGGGCCGGGAGCAGCAGAAAUACACGGUGUGGGACUGCCUAUGGAUCGUAGCCGCAGUGGCCGUGUAUUUGGCCGAUGUGGGCACCGACGUAUGGCUGUCGGUGGACUACUACCUCCGCCGCGACUACUGGUGGUUCGGCCUGACCCUUUUCUUCGUUGUGCUCGGCUCCUUCUCGGUCCAGCUCUUUAGUUUCAGAUGGUUCGUCCAUGAUUUCAGCACCGAGGAUGGCACGGAGUCCGCCGCCGAUUGCUCCCACAUGGAUGGCAAUAAGCUGCUGAGCGGUUCUGCUUCUCACGGCGACGUUACCGCUCAGCAUCACCCCGCCACGCCGCAAAGACAGGCGUCGACCGCCAGCAAGAACACCACGACCAACAGCACCGCAAGCACCGCGGCGGGCAGCAGGAGCAGGAAACGAUCGGCCUACUACUCCUUCUGCGUCUGGUUCAGCCAGUCUGUCAUCCAUAUCCUCCAGCUGGGCCAGAUAUGGAGGUAGGAAGGAGGCCUUGGUUUGGGUUACAGUGAAGGGGAGUGCAGUGUGUCAGGAAUAAAUGAAUGGAUGAACGAAUGAAUGAGCAGCGGGCUCUGACAGUAGUUGGCACUCUGGCACCAUGGUGUCCCCUGGAUGAUCUACAGCAUGGCUACCAGCUGCCAUCUUUAACAUACUCCUCUGCAGGGCCAGCACACAGGCUGCUGUGACAGGCUUUAGGUCAUUCCUCCUCCAUGCUCAUAUGAACAGCUCACUGAAGAUGACACUAAUACAGAAUAAUAAUUUACCUCCUGUCCAACACACAAUGUUGAAAGUGGACAAUUUAUUUUCCUUUCUUAACUUCAAGUUUUGAUACCAAUGAAAAGAGUGUCCUUUAACUGAAGAGAAAAAGGCUUCAGCAGUCAAUUAACAUUUGAUUUAAGCUGAAGUUUGACUUGCUAAUGUUGGAGGAGUAAAUGACCCCACAGAUUUACAGAAUGUAGCUUAUUAAGUUGUGUUUUUCGCCUCUGAUCAACAGUAAAAUCAUCCUGACUUUAUAAUGUUCAGUCAAACUUUUCAGUCUCAUCACAUGCCAACAGCCUCCCAGUCUGUCAUCGCCUUCAUUCACUCCUCAAGCCAACUGGAUUAAUAGAGCAGACAUAUCCAUUUAGGAAGUCUUCUGCAUAAGUUCUGACAGAAGCAAUUUACAGUUUUAAGGUCCUUACACACCGGGACCGUUUUUGUCGUGCGAUUAUUUCAGACGUCAAUAUUUUUUUUCAAACCCGUAUCCUGUCAAUAUAAGCGUUCACAUCAGCGAUAUUUUCCCGUCCUACGCAUACUGUCUGUCCACUUCAGACCAAUCAGAUUGCGUGUCGUUGCAACGUCAGAUUCACUGGUAUAUCCAACAUAUCCGACAGGCUGAUUGUGUACGUGUCGGAAACAGAGUGCAGUUUGAUAAAAGACACAAAUAUUACAAAGAUAACGACCUGAAGGACAACUUGUGGAGAGUCAUAGCAACGGAUCUCUCAUAUGACGAUGGUUUGUGUGCUUUAACAGUUUGCUAAAUGUCUUUUUUUAAACUUUCAUCUGUGCUAACAUAAGCUAACAGUUGUUAGAAUAGUUUCAUGUGCUUAUCUGGUACUGGCCCCGACUCAGUACAUGCUAUCGUGACAGAGAGCCAUCUCAACACUAGUGACUAAUCAGAACUGAAAACAAUCAGCGAACGUGGUACAGUUUCAGCUCCUGAACCAAGCAGUGAAACUCACCAAGUUCUCUUCUUUUUUGUAAUAUUGGAUGCACCCAUGUGCUACGUUUCUUUUUCUUAGUACCAAUUUGCCAUCACUUGAAGAUAAAGUAGACUCCAUUUUUGUCCUCUUGCGUCUACUGGGACGCUGGUUGUUAAGGGAAGGUCCUGCCCUUUUUCGCCUCUGAUUGCCUGUAAGUGCUGACCGUUUGGCUUGAGCGUGUGAUGACGUUUCCAGCUUUUCUAGCCAAUCAGAGGCGAAGGAGGCGGGACUUCCCCGGGAUGCGUCUUUUCCCCCCCGGAAAGUAGCAAAAUCGCAUUGGGCUUGAUGUUUAUAGUCAGGCUCGACAAAAUUCGCCUCAGAGUAUUUCGUGAUUUCGCGUUCUAUAUUCGUGUCAGCCCCGGUGUGUAAGGACCUUUAACGUCUCUUUUCAAGCCUUCAUCCUCACAGCAUUAACACUCAGCUUAUGUUCAUAUAAUAUGAACCAGUGUCAAAGACUGUUUGACCUAGCAGUCAUUAACCCUCAUCAUCACUACAGCCAACCUCUAUCUUCAUGCUCACUCUCUCCCUCUGCUUUACUAACACACAUCUACUCUUCCUGAUCAAGUCUGUGGCACAGCUCUCCCUCCUCCAUCUCAGGCUGCAUUAUGGGUUUUUGCACAUGCUGACAGUGCAGUGAUCCUCACUUGGUAGAUUUUGCAGCAUGUCAAACUUCUUUGCACUCCCAAACUUUGUUACAAAUCAACCCGUGAUGUUGAUGACAACUUUUAAAAACCUGGCUGUUUUGGUUGGAGGGUAGGGUGAAGACGACAGACAGCACAGGAACCAGUUAAUACUGAAAGUUUGUUGAUCCAGGGAAGACCAAAAUGUGAUUCAAAUAGAAGUUAAAUUAAUUUUUCAGUCCUUUUAGAAGGUAUCAGCAAUAAGUUUGUGUUCCUCAGAAAUUCAGCUUGUUAUUUGAUGCAAACUAAUGAAAGAAACGGAUUUGGUGUAAUUCUUUGAAUGCAGAUUUAGCACAUUACAGUCAGUCACAGUGAAUUGAUAGUUUGUUGUUGAUAACUCAUAAACAUUCAUAAUAUAACCUGCAGUAAUUCAAGCAUGGAUUAAUAAUGGUUCAUGCAUUUUUUCAGUGACUUAAGGUUUGUUUUUGAAUGCCCUUUAGUGUCGGCUGCUGUGUAAAUCAAAUGGCAUGCAGCAUGCACUUUGUAGAGAAAAAAAACUGAAGCUUGUGAAACUAUUGACUGUUGUGGUUGUGUAGAAAAAAAUUCAGGUAUUCAGGGUGAAUCACUUUUAUGAUUUUUUAAUUUAAUUCUAUUUAAUUUCAAAAGUUAUUUUUGAAAACAUGAAAACUACCUGGAUGAAGCGAUCCAAUUAGAUAUAUUUCAAUGAAAACAGAAAGCCAUAUGCUCAAGGUGCAGACAUGUUAGCACUGCACACAGUACAAACCAACAGAUAACCACUGUUUAGAGACUGGAGAAAGUGACUGAUUUAUCCACUGAUAAUGUGUUCUGCCUGCUGGACUGUCAUGAGUCUCCAGCACUGAUUUUAUUUUAAAUUUUUAGCUCCAACACCAACAAAUAAUAGACAUUUUCUCUCCUGUGUAACCAAUGUUACAACACUCAAGCCUCAGGAUAUUUGGUUUGAGUUUCUGAACAAGGCCUUCUGAAGCAUCUUCUGAUGCAGUCAUGAAUAUGAGUGUGUGUAAAGAACAUUUCCAAACUUGGAAACAGAGCACUCUGAACACAGGUCUUACUCCAUGUUUGUGACACACAGACUCUGGUCUGUAAACAGAUCUCACUGACUGACAGAAAAUGGUUUUGUGAUUUUUGUUUGGUGAAUAAAAGAAAACCUUCUUUGGAAGAGCUGGUAGGAUCAGGAGGACUCAGUCCAGAGAGCCAAUGAGACGGUAACAGGAGUUUAGACACUUGCUCAUGUACAGAGGGCCUCAUCCUUCAGACAAGUUGUUAGUCCCAAACAAACCAAUUCUCAGCCUGAAGCUGACUUCAUGACCAAUUUAUGCACUCAGUAUAAUAACUCAGGUUCUUUAUGCUCUGCCUCUCUUUUUACAGUUUCAUAAAACCUUUAGUCACCUAAAAAAAAAAACCAACCCACAGCGGAAACAUUUUCACUGUCACUGACAUGUCUUUGCGUAAGAAUAAGCUGUACUGGGCACAUUCACCUCUAAUGUCAAGACUGUCCCUCAGCUUUAUCUUAUCUCAGGUAAUACAGAUGUCAAAAUCCUAACGAAAUAGACCAAAACCAUCGCUAGGAAGAAACUAAAGACAUACUGUUUAUGUGUGUAUGCCUGUCCAAACAAAAUUCAUGUCACUCCAACAUCAAUCAUGUCGAGCCAUUGACUUAUAUCCAAAAUAGAAAGUAAAUAAUAUAUAAGUUUAGUCCUAGGCUUGUUUUUAAUCACAGAGAUAAAAGGCACAUAUUUCCUCUGGAUGUCACAAUCUACUCUUCCAAAAUGUGAUCCAAAUACAAGGGAUAGUUGUUUAAAAUUUGAAAUAAUGUGAAAAUAGAUCUAGAGAUCUUUGAGCUCAAGAGACAAAGACAGUAUUUGUCAUGAAACAGGUAUGAGACAGCCACCUUGGGUAUAUUCAAUUUAAUGCUGACGUUCAAAUAAGGGAACGACAAAGCUGAAACCACACAAACCAGCAUUUUCACAUAGACAUGGAUAGAAAACCAUGGUACAUGAAGUGGUUAGUGCUAGCGGGAGCCUAAUUAGACCAACUCUUACGAGUUACAGCCAAUAUGUGAGUUUCUACGCUGCAUUUCUCAAUGACAAAUCCACAACUACAGCACAGAAGUAAGAUGACAUUGAUUAUACACACUAUUGAGACUCCAGGAGGACUCUUCUACUACAGAGAGAGGCUGUUAUAUGUGCAGAAUGCAGUUUGGUGUGGUCUUAGUGAAAUGUGGAGGUCGCCCUGAAAAAGUCAUGGGGUUUUAAGCAUCCCCAUAUUGAGCUGAUAACAAGUCAGUGGUUCUUUUUUCUCCACGGUUGAAGAUAUGGUGUCCAUGACCUCCAAAAUAAUGUCAGAUUUGGAUUUGAUUAGACCACAGGACAGUUCUCACCUUGUCCUAUUCCAUAGUAAAUGUGCUCAGAGUCUGUGGUGUUUCUGGAUCAUGUUUCUAUCUGGUCUGUUCUUUGCACGGUUCAGUUUUAGCCUCUUUGUGUGGACACAGUGUUGAACUGUGACAUCUUUUUUUAAUACAGUGCAAACUUAAGGCUUGUACAUCCCCACCACUCAGUACUGGUUAUUGGUCUUGUCCCCUUUGUACAGAGAUGUCUCGAGGUUCUCUAGAGAGUUUACAGGUAUCACAUGCUGUCGGUGAUGAAAUCCAAUCACUCUUUGCCAUGUUAAGGAUCAUUAUUCUGAGCUAUUUGUUGAUGCAGUGUCAUAGAGGAAUGCGUGUCCUCACAUCUUUACUGAGAGACUCAGGCUCUCUGAAGAGCACUUUUUAAUGCUAGUCAUGUUACUGACCUGUUGCAUAUUUAUAUGUUAUAAUAUUGGGAGAUGUUCCUCCAGGUGUUUCAUUUUAGCAUUCACAGCUCCUUCAGAUUUCUGCUGUCCCUCUUCCAUUUUUAAAAAAAAGCUUGGCUUGGAGUCGAAUAUGAUGGUUGUCCAUAACACAAUAGAGUAUUUCAAUUUCUGUAAAUACAGAGUCAAAAUUGUUUCCAAUUAAACUCUGUUUUUAUUACUAUUUUAUACUACAUAACAACCGUUUGGGAAUGGGGUUGUGUUCUUACUUACUUAGACUUUGUUCCUCCCGUUCCUAUUGGAACAUUGAGCGACGAGUCCCCUCCAUUUGCUCCAGUCCCUUCUUGCUCCAUGCCAGCUGACUCCCAUCUCAUUCAGGUCUUCUUUGGCUGUUUGUCUCCAUGUCUUCUUUGGCCUCCCUCUCCUUCUCUUUCCCCCCUCUGGCAUCCAGUCUAUUGCCACACUUGCCGCUCUCUCUCUUGGCAGUCGGAGUACAUGUCCGGUCAUUCUCUUUCUCCUGUCAGAGACGAUGUCAGACAAGGGUGUUACACCUGCCCUUCUCAUCACCUCUUCAUUGGUGAUGUGGUCUCUCCGUGACAUCUUUAGGAUGGAUCUGAGGCACCGUCGAUGGAAGACAUCCAACUUGUUGGUGAUGCUGGCUGUCUUCGUCCACGUCUCACAGGGGUUGUAUAAAAGACAGAUUAUUGAGUGAUUGUUAACCACGACACAGACUGUUGCAUGAAUAAGAUAAGAUGUACCUUUAUUAGUCCCAGAGGGGGGAAUUCCAGUAUUACAGCAGCAUAGAUCCAAAUAAAAAGAGAAAUUAAAGGAUAAAAAAAACUUAACAAAAGAUAAGUACAUGAGUCUUAUGUACUUGUGAACAGAAUAUACAUAUAAUAUGAUUUAUUGCACACUGAGGUUUCUGUUGUGGAGUCUGACAACAGCAGGAAGGAAUAACCGGCAAUACCUCUCCAUCACACACUUUGGGUGGAGCAUCCUGUCCCGUACGGACCUCCUCAGUGCAGUAAGUGUGUGUUGGAGGGAGUCUCUGUCCAGCAUGGAAGACAGCUUGGCUAUGAUCCUUCUCUCCCCAUCCUUCUCCACAAGUUCCAGAGGGCAUCCCAGGACAGAGCUGGUCUUCUUUUUAAGUUUGUCCAGCCUCUUCGUAUCAGUUGCUGUGAUGCUGCUCCCCCACUCCAUAGAAAACGGCAGAGGCCAACACAGAGUCAUAGAAGGUCUUCGUUGGUGUUAUGAGUCCUGUCCAGUUUAUUGUUCAGAUCAACACCCAGGUACAUACCCAGGAAUGUCUUUGCAUGUGUCCGUAAUACGACAACUACUAGAUCAGGUCUACAUUUUAUGAUGGAUCCAUGAGGGAAAACCAUGAACUACUUGUUUGUGGAAAUUAUCUGGAUGACUAUACCCGCUCACUUAACUGACACUGGUUUGGGGAAGAAAGGCAGCAUUGUUUUGGCGUUGUACUUGUUUUGAUGUCCUUGCUUGGAGGCUGAACAUGAGAGUGUCUGAGGUUUCACUAGAUGUGAUUGAGGCAGUCAGAACUGGGACACCUUCCUUUCAAGAAUGAAUGGAGUCCAAGUGGCAGGUUAACAAGUCUGAUUUGUACUCAGAGACUUACACAGACUCUCACAACUGACAAACACACAUACACAGAGAUGUCAUUUCCAUAUAUGAGGAUACACAGGCUGCUGUAAUUUCUUCAGCCAAGAUUUGAUUUUGAAAUUCUUUAUGGACAGUGUCGGUUAAUUUCAUGGCCCAUUAGCUCGCUGCGGGAUGACCACCAUGUGUUUGUGAUAUCCCGAAGAGGAGGAGGGAGAAGAUGGAAAUGAGUUAAAGACACUGACACACACAUUCACUGACACAUACACACUCACUAACGCUAAACUGGGCCACAGACAGACUGAAAAGUAAUAACAAAUUCACUUCAUUAAAGAAGCUGUUGCCGCAGGUCUGCCUUUAUAGUGUAAUUCAUGGUGGAGGAGUGAAGCCAAGUAAAGGAACACAAAAUCAUGAAACUUCUGCAACAAAGACAGUGUAAUUAAAAGACUACUUAGAUCACGCUCCAACAUUAGGGUCAGUGGAUAAAGUGGCAUCGAGCAGUGGGGUAUUUGUGGAUUUGUCAUGGUUAAUUGCAGAAAAACUCAUCUGUUUCACCUGCCAUCAGCCUUCUAAGCGAUAUUUAUUUAUGAUAUGUAUUUGGUGCCUUUUUUAAUCAAUUUACUGUCUUAUUCUGUUCUAUUGUCUGUGUGGUUGUGGUGUUUUUGUGGAUGAUAAUGAUAUCCUUGAUCCUAAAGGUCCUUUCACACCAAGACUGUUUUAGUUGUGCGAUUAUUUCGGACAUCAAUAUUUUUUUUCGAACCCGUAUCCUGUCAAUACAAGCGUUCACAUUAGUGACGUUUUCCCGUCCUGCGAUAUUGCAGCACUUAUUUUUUCGGAUCACGGUCGAUUUUUCUAAAGUUUCACAUACUGCGUGUCCACUUCAGAUUGUGUGUUGUUGCGAUGUCUGCUUCACCGGUAUAUCCAACAUGGCUGACCGGCUGAUUGUUUAUGUGUCGGAGAACAGAGUGCUUUUUGAUAAAAAACACAAAUAUUACAAAGAUAACGACCUGAAGGACAACUUGUGGAGAGUCAUAGCGACGGAUCUCUGAUAUGACGAUGGUUUGUGUGCUUUAACAGUUUGCUAAACGUCUUUGUUUUAACUUUCAUCUGUGCUAAGUAACUUUAGCUCGUAAGCUAACCUGUUCAGAUACAACAUACCAUAUGUAUUUUCACUGUCUCAAACUCAAUCGCGUUGCUGUCACUGCACCAUUAGGUCUGUGUUGUUACCUUACAUUUAUGGAUUAUAGUUUAAUGUGUUUAUCUGGUACUGGCCCUGACUCAGUACAUGCUGAUAUGACAGACAGACAUCUCAACACUAGUGUUUAAUCAGAACUGAAAAACAGUCAGUCUGGUGUUGGUUCAGUCUUCUCGCUUCCACCUGGGAUGCGUCUUUUUACCCCCCGGAAAGUCACAAAAUCACAUUGGGCUUGAUGCGUAUAGUCAGGCACGUCAAAAUUCUACUCUGAAUGUUUCGUAGUUUCGCAUUCUAUAUUCGUGUCGGCCGCAGUGUGUAAGGACCUUUAAGGUUUGAAUGGUGGUGAACCUCUAUAGACAGUAUAAAAACCAGCAUCAUGUCGGUGCUAAAAUAGGGCUUAUGUCCUGGCCUGGGGUAUCCCUGAAUAUUACACAGUGUAUAACCCCCUACUCUUCCCACUCUUAAGAAAACCAGCAAUACAGGCCAAAUUGCAGUAAAACGUCAAUUUAAUCAUCUUCAGAGAUCAGCAAAGGCCAAAACAACAAACUAAAGUUCUCCUAAAAACCCUAAACUUACCUAUCAAAAAAAAAAAUCUUAAACAAAUGACAGAAUUUAUUCUUUAUCUGCACUCUACACGCAGCUGUUGAGUCAAAAAGAUUAGAAAUACACACACAUACAAAUGGGGAAAUAUCAAACAAAAGCCAAACUUAAAAAAAUAACUUACUUACCCCCUUUCAGAGUAGGCCUUUGUUAUUCUACUUGAUUUAGCCAAUGUAGACUUUACAGUCAAUAUGAACAUGUCUGUUUUCUCCACAUGAGUGAGGUGAAUAUUCAGCUCUUCAAGGUAAUGAUCAAUUCAGACAGUGUUCACACUCUCGGGAGUUUGCUCUGCUUGUAUUAUUAGUUUAAUUUUACAAUGCUUUUGGCAACAUUUAAGCACCUAUUGAUUAAUUACAUCCCUCACCACUACAGGAUAGAGUUAUUAAAUGUGCAAAACUUCAGAUCUAACCUUCUUUCUUUUUCUGCAACAAUGCAUGAGUGAAUGUGAGCUGGAGCUGGUUGUCAGACACAGUAACUGAAUGCUGAAAACCGUAACAGUAAAUCCUUAGUCUUGCUGAUUUACAUAAUGAUGUAUUCCCUUUGUCAUGUCCAGGGAAGCCAUUGGUUUGUUUAAGUCUCCCAGUCUUUAUCUGUAGAAGUCUUCAUCUGCUUUCUUAUCAGAUUCAGGAAGGCUCAUUUCCAGUACCUUAAUAAAGUCGCUUGAGGCAGAGAAUAGGUCCUGUAUAUUUGUGUGACACGCUGCCGCUGUUCCAAAGAAAAAAACGCUUCUACAAUGGCUAAGGAUUUACACACGCACAUAGGAUGUUGUAUGUGUACACUUUGUGACGCGUAUUAAAGCAAACAAAGAACAAAAAGCGCAGUCAACAAAAAUUACAGCGACCUAGACUCACCUCUCAACCCCGAGUGCAGGUAAAGCAGCCCCUUAUAUAACCCGCCAGCUUUCAAACCACAGUGCCCAUGUGACCCGAAACCCAGUGAAACCAACAACAACCAGACAAAAGUAACUGAACACUGAAUAACCAAUCAGCAAAGCAACAUUAUGGCUCCUACAGGUAGUUCUCUCUCCUUAAGCAUGAAAGUCUCUUUUGAAGGAAACAGAGCUUGAUUUGGACAAAGAUGUAUAUAUUUUGUUAUAGUACUACCCGCAGUGAAGAAUGCUGGAUGCCAUCGCAAACCAUUGAAAAAAAUCAUAAUGUUUGAACUGGGAAGUGUUUCCAAACUUGUCUUAUGGUCACAUUAUAACCAGAGUCUUUCUAUGAACCUCUUAAACCAACCCAGUAUUUAUCAGAAAUUCAUGAUUCUUAAGACCAACAUAAAUGCUGCAAAAGUUUUGAUUAUUUUUUGUUCCAAGGGUACUUGAACUUAUCAUAAAACUGAUGAAAGCUACGGUCUACGAUCUGAAAACCAGUUUGGCUGUUGAGACAGAUUUGAAAACCGCAGCCUGCCCCCCCUUCACUCACCCCUCCCCUCCGUGUUCCAAGAUCCCGCCCCCCCCCCAUCUCCUGCCGCCUCCUCACAACACGCCCCCUCCAGUGGAGCAAGAAGCCGGUCGGCAGAAAAUAUCAGCAGCAAAGCUAGCUUCGAAAGCAACUCAGAAUGUAUCUGAUGCAGAUAAAAUUGUCGAAGCUGGUGGGGCCGGUGGUCUCUGGAAUCCCACCUUCAUUGAAGUUGAAGCGAAAUGAGAUUCUCAUAGCUGAAAGUAACAAACACUACAGUCAUCCCCCUUGUAACACACAGUGGUAGCUAUUUCAAUUGGACCGGUGCUAGCCUGUCAGAGCAGAGCUGAUUGUGGGCGAGGCUUUACCUUUCUCGGCGUGUCUUCACCAGCUCAGUUUACAAUGCUAAAGAUGCGCGGCUAACUUAUGCUAAAGCCUACCCGUUCCGACCAACAACGUUCAGUCAUUAGCCAGUAUCGACACAGACUAACCAGAGUUAUUCAGCAGACAUCUCCCACUGUAGUAAACAAAGUAAUUAUCUGUUCAACAGAAAUUCGGCUGUCUCAGCGUCAGUUUUCAGUCCCAAAUCCCUCUGCAGCUAUUUCCACCGGUCGUACGUUUCUCCAGUGUAGACUCUCCGUUGGCACCUGUAUCGCUCAUAUUUCUUCCUUACUUCAGCCUUUUCCUCGAAACUUUUACGUUUCCUUCCCUUCAAUGUGGAGGGUAACAGAAGCGGCCUCCUGGUUUGGCUCCAUUACGCUUCAGCAGCUGUGCAGCUCGCUAAUCACAUGUACUGAGGGGGGUAGUGGGGAGGAGGCGGGACCAUGGGCGGGAUGGUGCGGAGCAGGGGAGACAGGGGAUUGGAUGGACUCAUGGACCACUCCCCAAUUGGUCGAUUAUUAUGCUUUUUUGCAGCGGAUAUACUGAAUGGAUUUUUUUCGUUCUUUUUGAUCUUUAUUUGCGUAGAUCGGACCAUAGGACCAUAACGGCCUUAUAAACUGUGUUAUUAAAAAGUACCAAGCUUCCAAAUGGUAGACCAUAGCUUUAAUUUAAGGGAUAGUUCCUUUUUUAGAGGGGUUGUGUGUGGUACAGUAUGUAUCAACAGUAACAGUGUUAGGUACUGGGAGCUUGGAGAGAGAAGCUCAUUUAGGCUCCUAUUGUCAGACAUGGCACAUGCUUGCAGUGCACUGAAUAAGCCUCCUGCUUUAAAUACCUGCACUGGCAGUGCAACCCCACUUUUGAACCUGAACUAAUCAUAAGUAUCUUUAAUCAUGUUUUCACUGUGUGAUGAAAGUUAAGCGUGUCAUGCCUCAGCUGGUGUAAAUGUUCUGUUUCCUGUUCUAUUCCCCAGGUAUUUCCACACAAUCUACCUGGGCAUUAGAAGUCGACAGAGUGCUGAGACAAAGCGCUGGCGGUACCACUGGAGGAUGGUCUAUGAGUUUGCAGAUGUGAGCAUGCUGCAUCUACUGGCCACCUUCCUGGAGAGCGCUCCACAACUGGUGCUGCAGCUGUGCAUCAUUAUACAGACACACAAGCUCCAGGCUGUGCAAGGUAGCACAUUUUCAUUCUGUUAUUGUCUGUCUGUCUGUUUUCAAAAUACAGUCAAAUUAAUCUAAAAAUUGUUUUGGAAAAAAGCCUUUCUAUUUGUUAACAGAUUGCAUUUAAGACUGCUUUGGCUGCAGCUUGAAAGGCUGUGUCCUUUAAUUCUGUUUUUGCCCUUGCAGCACUCACAACUUUAACUUCACAGCGCCUUUCACCAAGGUUUUGCUAGCUUACCAAAGAUGUCCCACCGUUCUUCUGCCUUCCUCUGCAGUUACCAUUUAGCAUUUUUUUUAAAUGCUCUGAGUAUUUAGAACUAGCUUUCAUUUCAUAGCAUUAAAAAUAAAUAAUAAAAAUAUUUUAUAGAAACUGUGCUUGUCUUUGCACUAAAAUGGCUGAAGUGCUUUUAGUUUGAAUGCUACUGAAGGAACAGUGGGCACAUCUCUGAAGUGUUUUCUUUCAUGCUGACCCACUGUGUCACUUUCUUCAUGUCUGUUGUAGGCAUGACUGCAGCAGCCUCCCUCGUCUCCCUGGCCUGGGCCCUGGCCUCCUAUCAGAAAGCCCUGCGAGAGUCUCGAGAUGACAAGAAGCCCAUCAGCUACCUAGCUGUCAUCAUUCAGUUCUGCUGGCACUUCUUCACUAUCGCCGCAAGGGUUAUCACCUUUGCUCUGUUUGCUUCUGUGUUCCAACUGUACUUUGGCAUCUUCAUUGUCCUCCACUGGUGCAUCAUGACCUUCUGGAUUGUUCAUUGUGAGACAGACUUCUGCAUUAGCAAAUGGGAGGAGAUUGUAUUUGAUAUGGUGGUGGGAAUAAUCUACAUCUUUUCGUGGUUUAAUGUCAAAGAGGGACGGACAAGGUAAGGGCACUUCAGUGCAUCUGUUGUGAUAUAGACCUGAAGUUAACAGCUGCGUUAGUGGCUGUUUUUGUUCAAAUUUACUCUGUAACUUUGUGCAUUUGUCACCAUCCCCACGGCCGUAGUGUUGUACAGAAAAGAAAACAGAUUAUCUGCAGGUCCCUGACAUGCUCUUCUUCACACAGAGAGAGUUUUACUAUAAAAUAAAGUGCCACACAACUUCACGGCCAUACCACUGCUGUGCUGCCUCAUGGUACUACUCUGAAUACAGUGCCAGACAUUGUUUGGACUGGUGGUAUUGUUCAUCAGGAAUAUCAUUUCUUGGAGUUAAUGGCUUCAAUGAAAGGACUCAGUCAGACAUUCUGCCAGGAUUGUAAAGAAUAUUGAAAGCCCAACUUUAAAUCCUCAUUUGAGGCUUCUCCGCAAAUUUAACUUUAACAUCUAAUGAAUAAACUGAAACAGGCUGUUUAAAGGUCCUUACACAUUGGGAACGAUGCAAAUUUACAACAUGAAAUUACGAAAUAUUCUGAGGCGAAUUUUGACACGCCUGACUACACACAUCGAGCGCGAUGGGAUUUUGUGACUUUCCAGGGGGAAAAAAGAUGCAUCCCGGGUGGAAGCAAGAAGACUGACACAACAGCAGACUGACUGUUUUUCAGUUCUGAUUAGACACUAGUGUUGAGAUGGCUGUCUGUCAUGGUAGCAUGUACUGAGUCGGGGCCAGUACCAGAUAAGCUCAUUAAACUAUAAUCCAUAAACAUAAGGUAACAACCGAGACCUAAUGGUGCUAUGACAGCAACGCGAUUGAGUUUGAGACAGUGAAAAUACAUAUGGUAUGUUGUAUCUGAACAGGUUAGCUUAUGAGCUAAAGUUACUUAGCACAGAUGAAAGUUAAAACGAAGACGUUUAGCAAACUGUUAAAGCACACAAACCAUCGUCAAAUGAGAAAUCUGACGCUAUGACUAUCUACAAGUUGUCCUUCAGGUCGUUAUCUUUGUAAUGUUUGUGUCUUUUAUCAAAAAACACUCUGUUCUCCGACAUGUAAACAAUCAGCCGGUCGGCCAUGUUGGAUAUACCAAUGAAUCAGACGUCGCAACAACACGCAAUCUGAUUGGUCAGAAGUGGACACACAGUAUGCGAAACUUUAGAAAAUUCGACGUGAUACGAUGCCGCAAUAUCACAGGACAGGAAAACGUUGCAGAUGUGAAUGCUUGUAUUGACAGGACACGGGUUCGAAAAAAAAUAUUGACGUCUGAAAUAAUCUACAAAAAAACGCUCCUGGUGUGUAAGGACCUUUAGUGUCAAGUCUGAAUAUUUCAUUGUAUUGAUGAUUUUAAAGGGAUGGACUUACUGACCAGUGUGAAUUCUUCAAAGCCCACUGUCACAAUACGAUCAAUGCACUUUCACCAACAUUACAUCACCCUUCUAAUAGUGUAGAAAAAGGGUUCCAUUCUUCAGUAGCUGAUUUGGAUUAAGGGAGCCAGACUUCCUUCUCUGACCUUGUCUUAUGUCCUUGUUUAGGUAUCGACUCUUCAUCUAUUACCUGGUGAUCCUGGUGGAGAACGCUGCUCUCAGUGCUCUGUGGUAUCUCUACAGGUCUCCUCUAACUACUGACUCCUUUGCGGUACCAGCACUCUGUGUCAUCUUUAGUAGUUUCCUCACCGGCGUGGUGUUCAUGCUGAUGUACUAUGCUUUUUUUCAUCCCAAUGGGCCACGCUUUGGACGGUCUUUGAGCGGGCAGGGUCUGGACCUGGACCCCACUGCCCAGUUCUCCACGCUACCAUCUGAAGGUGCCACCAACUCACUGCGCUCCAACCGAGGUGCUACCACAACACUAGAACGUGACAUGGGCAAGUACUCAGAGCGGGACGGCUGUAUGCCCGUGUUUCAGGUCCGACCCACAGUGCCAUCAACACCAUCAUCCCGUGCUCCACGCCUUGAGGAGACUGUCAUUAAGAUCGACCUUUGUAGGAACCGCUAUCCAGCCUGGGAACGCCAUGUCCUUGAUCGCAGUAUACGAAAGGCAAUAUUGGCCAUAGACUGCUCCCUGACUCCUCCACGGCUGCAGUACAAAGAUGACACUCUGGUACAGGAGAGGUUGGAAUAUGAGACCACGUUAUAGUCCCACUUUGCUCAUCAGGAGCUAAGUCAACUGAGGAUUAUCUCAAUACCUGAUAAACGGCAGCAGGGACCGUGGCAAUAGGUAUUUAUUACUACCAACGAUCUCACUUGUCAUCACACAGUCCCUUACUUUUUCUGUUCAUCAGCAUCAGCAUCCUGUUGGUAGUACUCAGAUGUGGCCUAAGUGCAGUUGUGGUGUGUUUUCAGGUUCUUGUUAGGGUUGUUGCUGUUACUCUUACUUUGAAUCAUCAGGGAAACCCUGCCUGGUAUGAACUAAAUGUAGAUCAAUGAGAGUGCUUCACACUCGGCUUGGACAAUACACAAAUGCACUGUUUGGUUGAUGGUGGAAAUAUAAAAGUACACAUAUCUCCAUGUCCACCUCAAGGAAUUUACCAUCAGAUAUUCCACUUAAACCUACAUGACACAAAAAAAAAACAACCUUAAUAGAGUUUAGAAAAGAAAAGGUACCUCAGUCAGUACGAAUAGAAACUAUUGACUUUCACAGCUCGCCUCCUCGUUGGGGAGUGUGUUAACCGUCUGUUCUUGCAUCCAUACCAAUAUGAAACCACUCAGCUGUCUCUUUUACUGAGUCCUGACCAGAAGAAAAGCAAACAUGCUGGUGUUCAGAUAUCAGAAAGUUCCAGUUGUUAUCAACCAUCGUCUUUUUAUGCACCGUCAUUUCGUUUGCAGAUGGAAAAAAACCACAGCUGACAACGAGCGUGAUCUCAGCACGUUGUUAUGCUGUGACAUUAGUAUGGAAUCUUGCCAUUUUUAAUUUGUUUGCUGUAUUUUAGGAAGAGGUGUUAGUGCCAAAAGGUUCCAGAAAAGUGUCCUCCAGCCUCUGAGGAGUUGAAAAUCCUUGGGCAUUCUAGUAGUCCAAAAACUUCUCAGACCAUGGUGUUUAAUUCCUCACAGAUAUUCCUGGUCUGAACUCCAGAGGGUCAGACAGAAAGUGGACUACAUGUAGACAGUGGUCACAAUAGCAACUUCACUCAGUCAUGUGGCCUGUUUGGAAAAGUCAUCCAAAAGUGGCUGAAGCAGAGGAUAGCGAGUAUGAAACAAGGGUUGAAAGCGGAACAGACACCAGCUCCCAGCCUCUCUCCCAGAAGAAAAAUCAGCCAAACUCUCAUAAUGCCAAGGCAAAAUCUUUCUGGCAGCUCAACUGAACAAUUUGUAGUCAGCCACAUAAACCUGGCUGUCCAACAAUACUGAUCCUUGCAUGUGGGGGAGCAUGAGGAAUGGAGGGCAGAGGAGACAAGCACACUGUAGGCAGAGAGUAUGACACAGGACAUGGAGAUGUGUUGGAGAUGGAGAGGUAGAAAAAUUGUUGGCAAGCAGCCAUCUCAGCCAAACUAAACCAACCACCAGGAUGUACAGUACCCUGAUGUAAAUGCAGCAUUUUUUUUUUUACUUUUGGGAUGAUCUGGAGGGUUCUGAAGUCGCUGUACUGCUGUGUGUCUGUGGUUCAGUCUGUAUGUGUUGGCAGUAGGUGAUGCGUAUGAGGUGAGUAUACGUGUGUGUGUGUGUGUGUGUGUGUGUGUGUGUGUGUGUGUGUGUGUGUGUGUGUGUGUGUGUGUGUGUGUCCAUCCUUUAUGAUAAAUUUGUUUAGUGAAGUUCAGCUUGGGUUCUUUCACCUUCAGAGCAAAAUGUUCCUUUUUUUCACCAGCUAAUCCACAGUUUUAAUAUUAUCACACCAAAGAAUACUUAACAAGUUCACAGAGUGCUGGUGGUUUCGGUUGACUUUAACAAGAAGAUUUAACCAAGUGUUAUCAACAUCAGUGCCACAACAAAGUAUAAUUCAGGGCUGUUAUAAAAUACAUAAAAUUUCUGAUCAGAGUUCACCUUUUGACCACAAACAUUUGUGAUUAGAGACAGUACAGCAGGGUAUCAAAUGAAGUCCUACACACGGGUGGCUCAAACGAAAGCAGACAAAAAAGUUGUAACUGAUUCUUUUCGUCUUAUCUUAACUACAGUAACUGCUGGUUGGUGUGAAGAAAAUAAAUCAUGAUUACAUAAAAUAUACUGUGAACAUCUGUGAACAUGCCUUUUGCUGGCAUCACAUUUAAAACAAGUGUAUGUUUAUCAUGAAGGAACAGAUAUCUUUAAGUUUCAACAUUUGAUCAGUUGUCUUUGCUCCGUUAAUCAAUUAGAUAUAGGAUUCUGAAGGAUUUCCAGACCAUGUAAUUUUGUUUUUAAUCCGCAUUUUACACAGCCUCCCAGUCUUUUAAAGGGAAUUGGGGUUGUAUUGUUCAUAUCAUGUCUUGUGGAGUGUACCUUUGUUUCAGAAACUAACAGUAAACCCCUUUUUAGACUAAAAAGAGAAAAAGAUCCUGACAAAGGGCUCUAUUUUCAUGCCCGUUAGCAGAGCAGCGCAGGGUGGCGCACCGUACGCAGUGGUAUUUUAGUCCAGCGCAGACCUGUGCACAGCCAGUUAGGUAUUUUGGUGGACUGAGGCGCACUGAGAUGUGCCAAGCUGGGUGUGGUGGCGCAUUAGGGGGAGGUGUCGACAGAAUUAGCUGGUGCAGUGACAUUUUCAUGCCCGCCGGCAGCGUAGUAAGUGCGCUGGAAGCUCGCCGAUUCAAACCUGGUCAGCUUUCAGUGCAGGUCGAGCGCAGCUGGUCAGGUGGUAUUUUGGUAGACGGACGCAGGAGUGUGCACACGUCACCAGUGCCUCAACGGCAGGUUUCCACAGUGUCAGGCACAUUUCAAUGCAAUAAAUAACAACAACCAAUAAUCAGUGCAACUAUCUGAGUCAGCACAUAGACUUAUAUCUAUAUUCUGAUGUAUAGGCUAUCUUAUCUGAUGAUCAUUUGGACACUCAACCUGACUGAAUUAAAACAGCUGAAACCGCAUUAAAUUGAAUAUCCAGUAAAUAGUCACACAUGAUGGAAUUAACAAGAUAUUUAAUUUAUCCCCCACUUCCUUCCUCUGUUCCUCUUCCUCCUCUUUCUCUCUCCCUGUCCUCACUUUUCAUCCUGAUGCUGCUGCAAGGCUGACCAGAUGAUUUAUUUUAGUGAUCAGAUGAGUUAUUUACUUCAAAGAUUUGAACAGAACAAUAAAAGAGACUUUUAUUCAUAAUUUCCUGUAUAUCUAAUGCUCUUACAUCCUUUAAAUUCUGUGAAUAUUCAGUCUGGAGUUAGGCCUACAUAAGAAUAUUAUAAUAUUCAGUUGCAUAAGCCACAUUCAUUUAACACGCCAACAUAAGUGAAAGAAAGAGCCAGGCCACGGAGCGCGAUGCUUCGUGUAUGCACAGGUGGUUCUGAUUUUAAUGCCAUUAUUGGACUUUGUUUUUGUGAAGUGUGCACAACCCUUCUUUGUCAUGUGGGGUUUAACUAUAUGCAACUUUAUGUGAGUGUCUUUAUUUGUGGAAAAGGAUGUUUGUCUUACCAGUGGGUCCAACGUUACACACACCAAAUCCCUCUGUGCUUAUUUAAGAGAGUGUGGAGGACGCCCUCCACAACGCUUGGAGCAACACUUAUUGAGGGGCUGCGUCCUGUCACCAUCUUGUGGUGUUGCUGUCUUCAGCCAUCUCUUAGACUACUUCACGAAAUUUGCAAUACGCCUUGCCAGUGCCAGAUUUAAAGGUGAGGAGAGGAGCUGAUUUGUUCUGUGAAAACAGGACUUGGCUGUGUUAAACCCGCUCCACUUCUUCUCCCCUCCCCCUUUCCUACUUGCACCGCUGGGUGGAGCUAAGUAGGCGGGGGGGGGGGGGGGCUGCACCGCUCACCAAAAUACUGAAGUGUGCUUGGGCCUUGCCUCAUCGGCAUUGCGGACCUGACUUAUGCCACGCCUGCACCAUGCUGCCGGCAAGGCACGAAAAUAGUGCCCAUAUACUUAUUUGAGGAGAGUGGUCUGUGGUAGGGUGUCUGCUUGACUGAAGCCAUGCAAGUGCUGUAAAAAGGAGUCUUUAAUAAUCUCACUAACUUUUAUUAACUGUCUUCAUGAGGACACUAAUCCUUGUGUGUUACCUUACCAAAAGGGACACAAAAGUUUACCAGCUUAUUACUGUGUUGGAGGCAGGAGAGGGAUUUGUGAGAAAUACUGGAGAGGAGGGAGUUACAGUAAUCUAACCUGGAGAAGAUGAAUGCAAGGAUGAACUUUUCUAAAUCAGCAGGGAGAAAAACAGAUUUGAUUUUAGAGAUGGACGUGAUCUGAAUGAAACAUGACUGGACUGUUUUGGGUCAUAUUGGAUCACCAGGUCUCAGCAGUGGGUUUAUCUGUGGAGCAGUGGAAAGACAGAUUAUGGCCCUGAAUAACUAACAACUGGAAGCAUGUAAAUAGAGAAUUGAAGUGGGCCUAAAACAGAACCCUGCGGUACACCAUGGGUAUUACAACUGGUGACGGAGGAGUGGUUGCCUAAGGUGAAGGUUCUGUCUAAAAGAUAAAAACAAAGCCAAUUAAGUGCAGUACCCUUGACACCAACCCAAGUCUUGAGACGUUACAUUAAGAUGGCAUGACCCGCAGUGUCAAAUGCUGCACUUAUAUUUCCUGUCAGCAGCUAAAAACAGUCAACUGUUACCUGGAGGAGGGCUGUACUAGUACUUUGCAAAGCUCUAAAACCUGACAGAAAUUUCUUCAAAAGAUGUUGUCAUUAAAUCUAAAAUCUGUGUUAAAACUACUUUCUCUAAAACUUUGGAUAAGAACGGUAGAUUAGAAAUUGGCCUAAAAUUACUAAAAACAGAGGGGAUAAGAUUAGGUUUCUAGAGAUUGGACCACAGCAUGUUUGAAAGCAGAGAGAAAAUGUUAAAAGUGAGCUAUUUGUAAUUGAUAAAAUACUGGGCCUAACUGUAUCUAAUACUUUGAGAAAUUUUAUUGGGAAUGGUGUCAAGGAUACACGUUGUUGGGUUCAUAUGUGAUGGCCUUGAAGGCAGCAGUAUUGGGUUAAUCUGUUAUAAUAUGAGUCCAAUCAUCAACAGAGCUGUCACUCCAGGAAAUCAAACACUGUUUCCUUAACAUUCAUAAAGCUGGAGUGACUAAGAUACUCCAUCAGAUCAACACCCAGCAGCUUGGUCUGGUUUACCAUAAUCUGAAUAAAGCACUGGUUAUAAAACAAAACCAUCUACUGGGACCUAGCUGCACCAGGAGAGUCUGAUCCAAAAUGUUUUGCAAAGGGCAUUUUUUCCAGAGGACCAGGUGAAGGUCCUGGUGAAGGAUUCAGUGGAAAGGAGGCACAAAGACCGGAGAGGGAAAGGGAGAAGGUAGAGGGAACAAGAAUUAGGGGAUGGCGGGUCAGAGAUGAAGGGAUGAGGUGGAUUCAGCUGGAAGACAGAAGGGAAGAAGAAAAGUUAUUUAUGUCCAGAGGGGUAGAUGGAGGGUGACAUUUAUAUCUAUAUGAUAGCACAAAAACUGUCCAAUGCCAGAGGAGACGUUUGUUUUCGUAAAUCGUCUCUGUGAUGAGUCAAAUAGGCUCUGCUGAGAGUUUUGGUGACAGGCUGCAAAGGAAGAUACUUUGGCAAAAGCUGUGGUUUAGACACAUGGAGUCCUUAAAACAUGUAGAUGUGUUACAGGGACAUACUGGACCUGAGUGGGGUUUUAUGAAGGGUUUAAUUCUGAUGAUGAAGACCUGGAUGGUAAAUGAUAGCAGUCUGUAAUGACAGUAAUCACAAGAAGAAAAAGGUCCUCUGAAAUGAAGCAGGGAAAGUCCAGGUGAGAUCAGAAGGCUGUGAGAGAAACAUUGAAGCGAGUUAUGCUACGUUCCAGUUACCCUCAAAAGUUGGAUGUCGGAGCUGGGAAUGGCGUUACACCCAGGUCAACGACGCUCCAGUUAACAAGUCGGAAAACCAAGAUGGACGCCUACAGUUAGCUGUUGUCAGUCGUUGUCAGCUGUUGUUAGUUGUUGUUAGCUAUACCAGCUGUUAACAACACACAAGACAGUAUUUACUCUACAAACAACAUAGCACCAUGUUCACGGUUAGACGUUGGCCAGUACAACAUAUAACACUUAUUUAAUUUCACAAAAACAAAACAGAAGUGGUAAUAAAUAAAACAUGAUGCAUUACGCUGCCAUCUUGGAUUAUGAUGUUGUCGUCAAGUCAGGGUUGGUGAGAAUCGUCCGAUUUUCCGAGUCGGAAAUCUCACUCCAGGGGGGCAUUCCAGAUUAAUUUUUGACUUGGCGCUCGGAAAUCCCGACUUCUGGGUACAACUGGAACACAGCAUUAGUCCUGUCGGAGGGGGAGUGAUGGUGCUCUGAGAGGAGCACAGCGCCUGUCCAAGUGGUGACCAGGUGUUAGCGCUGGUGGCUCGGUUAGAGAUUGUGGCAGAAAAUGGUGAGACAGGAAUUGUAGGAGUGAGGCUCACAUGAUAAAGAGAUCAUGAAUGGGAAUGAAAUGCAUUAACUCCUUGAGUUCAAUUUGUCUAUUGCUGUAUUCACACAUGCUCUAAACUCCUGGAAUAAUCCAUCAAUUUCAAGAGAAAGCUGCAAAUGUGUGAACAUGAAUGGCUGAAUUUUUUAAGUUAGUCUACCUGCACUAUUUAGUGGAGGCCCAGAGUCAAAAUUCAGCUGAAGGUAGGCUGAGCUGUGGUCAGGAAAAUCCAGUGUGAGUGUGUAGGAGCACAGUGUGUUACAUGCAUGUCGUAAAGCUGCUCUAUCCUCCUCUCAUGUUCUUAACUGCUCAUUAUUGCUGAGAUGUUGUGAGGACGCACAGCCACAAGUAACAGUAGUAUAGAAACUGUCUUCUUUCGUGAAGUGCCCUCCCUCAUAGAUCCCUUUUCGGAGGCUGAGGAUGAUUUCUGAUCAUUUAUAAAAUGAACUUUUUCUAUUGUUUAUCACGGCUAAGCUAUGCUUUAACACAUUUUAUGGAAAUGAUACAUAAUAAAGGUGUGACUUCCUUUUCCUUUAAAGACCUAAAUGUUUAAACACAAAAAGCUCCUGGUGUCCUGCACCUGUUGUGUUGUAACGUGAUCUCUUGAUUGAUGAUAAGUGGAGGAAAGAGCACAUAAGAAAGGCCAUAGCAGGGAGUUGUCAACUCUGUAUGAAGCACAACCAGACCAACCCUAGCCACAAUGAGCUCUUCCUAUCUUAGCCAGAUUUAUCUACAUUGUUGGACUACAGCGAAAAUGAGACAGAUUUCUUUUAUUAAGAGUGCUUGAGGAGCACAGAGGCUUCGUAUUCAGCACAAUGUCUAAAGAAGGACUCAUUCAGACACUCCUGAAGACUGGCACUUUUCCACACUGCAAACAGCUGAGCUGAGGUCCACACUGAGUUCUAUCUUACCUCUCUAUAACAAUUAAGGCCACUGGUAGGUUUAUCUUCAAGCAGUACUGUUGUAAAAAUGGCACAAAUGCACCCUCGGCAUCACACCUUUUUCAAACAAUAAGACGACAAGUCCCCUGGUGCUUUGGUCAGCCAGUGGCUGAAAUGAGAGGAAUCCUGAUAGAUGAGCAGUAGUGGUCUGAAAGAAUAAAAAAGGUUGAAAAGCACAUAAUGUCUUGUAGCUAAAUCUGUGUAAAUGCAGCAUUAUGUUCAUUCAAAGGGAAGUCGAAGCAUUUUACAUAUGUUUAUUUGCAGUAUCUUCAAAAUCCGGUGUAGCCUUAGUUUAAUAAUCGCUAUCUCAUAAAUACUGAUAUGGUCUAUAGACUGAUAUAUACAGAAAAUUAAACUACCUCAGUUGUUUCACAGAAAAAUCACUCUUGAGCCUCUCAGCACCACAUCAUCCUUCUUUGAUAUUAGCAUGAUUUCCAACUACAACAACAAGCCCAACAAGAAAACAGUCAUUUCCUGAAUAAAAAAUGUCAUUCAGUAUGUUUAAAUGCACUUAUAAAAAACAAUUUACUGCCUUAGUCUGUCUGAAACUGGACUUUUAAAAAUCAUGUGAACAUGUUAGUCUGACUGAAAUCACACUGAAAACAAACUUCUCCUAGUUUCACUAACAAACCUGAAUAAUGUGGUUGUAGAAUGAUUUUCUCUUUCAUUUAUACUCUUCAAUCAAACUCAAAGUAGCCUAAGCGUUCUGAGCAUGUUCACGCUCCGAGCUUUUAGCUGGAGGUUUAACAGCAAUGGAUGUUUUGCAGAGGAAGCCAGGAACCUCGACAGAUGAAGAAAGGACGUGAAAAAGGCUAAACUUUCCUAACAAACAGCACAGAGCUGUAACUAUGGCUUCCUGUUUGCUCUGUCUCCACCUACUAUAGCAGAAGUGGAUAUGCUUCUGCCAGUUAUUUGAUUCCUGCUCGGUACAUGUAAACUGGGACAAAGACAGGAGUCCUGUAAAAUCACCUAAUCAAGCUUUAAUUGUAGCUCAACUUUACCCUGCAUGUAAACAUACUGAAUGUUGCGCUUUGGAGCAAACAGUCAAUCAUACUGACACAGAAUAACCUGAUUUAAUAGGUUUUUUUCAUUUUCGUUUUGCUUCAUUUUCAUGAAACCUAGGUCUUAAAUAGGGAAUUAAUUCAAACCAUCAUACAGAGUUUUGUACGAUUACAACCACCCUUUGGUGAGAUAUUAAGUUACUGAUGCAUAUGGUGCCAAAUUCAGGAAAUGUAUCAAAAAUAGGAUAUAAAAUUUAAUCUGACUCCCUCCUUACUUUUACUCUAAAGCUGCUUUCUUUCUUUUCUGCUUUUGUUUGCCUUAAAGAGAAUAUAUUUUUACUUAUGUCUUUAUUUCAGGCUCAUAACUCACUGAAUUUCCCCUCUGGGAUUAAUAAAGUUCUUCUUAUCCUAUCUUAUCUUCUUAUCUUAGAACCCGGGAUAUUGUUUAAGGUUACAAGGAAGUGAAGCUUGGCGUUUGCUUGUGUGUGUGUGAGAUUUAAGUGUAGUACAGAGUGUCAGCGUCAACGUCAGGUACUGUGUCUCUACCAGGACUGAUGGAAAGCUUUGAGCUUGACUGCUUGCAGUUUGAGCCUGACAUAAUUUGGUGGUGUAAGGCAUGUCCAGGAUCACAGUGCCCCCCGAUUUUUGGUCAUUUUCCUCAGUAACCAUAACAAAAAAUUUUCACUCUCACUGCCUGAGUCUGUCAACACUCUUCCUCAUUGUGUGAUAUCAUCAGUGAGCCACCAACACAGUGAACUGUCAAGAAGAGGAUCAUAGUAUAAGACAUAAGCUGCACAAACUAUGUGAACUAGCACAGUUUGGUUUUGUCCAAACCACUUGACUUUUUGGGAAGUACAAUGAUGUGAAAUUAAAAUCCACUGAAAAGUUACCAAUUAUGGUGGAGGCUCUGAAUACUUGUGUUUUGUGCAGGUCAGAAAAGGCCUUAGAUCCAGACAUACCUGAAGAACUGUGAAGGGAUUCAGCCUUUUUGUUUGAUGUGGAAUUUUAUCCCUGCUAAAUCAAAUUCACAUGUUGUUUUGACAAGGACAGCAUCCAGAGGGGUUAAUAAAAGGCUACCUGGGCGACACAGUGGCCCUGAAGGUCAACAACACAAACUUGUGACAAGCGCACACUGACACUGGUUUCAAGUUUCCUCAUUUGAAUUCUUUGAUGAAUCAUGAAACAUAAAAUAAUAAUGAUAAAAAAAACUCAUACUUAACACUUUCUCAGUUUAAUAAAUUAUUUAUGUUUAAUGCAACUUUGGUCUUUUCUUUUUUCAUAUAUUUCAGAUUUCUUAAAUGUUUUUUAUUUCACUCAAAUAUUUGUGAUUUUGGAAUUUUCAUGACAGAUUCUGGCAUUUUGUGUAUAUUUUAUUUAUUUCUAUGAAAUAUUUUUAGCAUUUUCUGAACUUUGGAUUUUCAUGAAAUAUUAUUGUUGGUGAAAUAUUUUUGAGUUUAAAUAUAUUUUUACCUUUUGUGAAUUUUUAAUGAAUUUUUUUUGCAUUUUGUGAAAGUUGGUAUGCAUUGAAAAAUGUUAGCGUCUACUGAAUGGUUGAUCAUAAUUUGCAGUUGACCUUUAAGGCCACCAUCAGACAGAUUUCCCAUGAGCCCCAGUUGAGACAGAGAGAACCAGAAGAAAAACCCUCUAUGGAGGCUGACCGAGAAGCAUCACACGUCCUCAUUAUCUGACCACGUCUGCAGCCAAAACCUCACCAAAUCUUCUCAACCACUACAAAUAGGUUUUUAAGAAAUGUCAAAUGGUUAUAUUAAUCAUUCUAAUCAAAGCGUAUGGAUUUGUUGUGUUUGUUAGACUGGUAUGAGGACCUGUCAGUGAUGUUUCCACAAAGUCACCACAGCCUGCACAUCCCUGUGGCUCUGAGAGUGUCAGGCAGUCUGUUUUUUUCACCAGCUGAUCAGAUCUCUGCUGAGGUCAGGACACAUACCAGCCAAUCACAACAGCAAAGUCAACCUUACACGGUUAGCGGGCGCUGUCCAGCCGAGAAAACAGACUGUAUUAGAUGGGAUCCACACCACAGCAACAGUUCCCGAGGAAGUCAUUCAGCCUUAGUACAAGCACAGUAACAAGCAGGCGAAGGGGGACAGGAGCCCAGGGGCACUUGUAAAAUCCUUCUGUACAGAUGUCUGUUUAGAGAGUUGGUUGAACCUGAAGUACCACAGAUAGUGAACUGAUCAAGCUUAUCUGUAAAUAAAUGUAUGCAAAGUGUACACUUUAAAAAAGAACAUUCCUCUAUCAUGAGUUUUGACUGUGAAGGGUGUCUUUAGAGGUUUAAUGCCACACUGAUGGCUGUAACUAUGACAAUAUAUUACAGAGGAAAAAAACGAUAAAUGUGGUGUAUGUGGUGUAUUUCAAAAAAGAUACAUAUGUUAAAGAAAAAAAUCUUGGUUCUCUCAGUGAGUUGCAUUGUGUGAUGAAAGUCUGAAGUGCUAAAAUGCGUUUAAUGGGGAGAAAGUACAUUUUAUUGUAAAAAGAAAAAUCAAAUGUGAUAAACGUGAUUAAAAUGACUUUUUUGUAUAUAUGGGAUUUUUGUAAAUUUUUAUUUGAAUCUAAUGCAACACAAACUACCAAAAUUCAUUUAAUAAAGUUCACUGUGGUCAUUUU